AUGCCUAAUUUAAAAAUCGAACAGCGUGUUAAUUUAAAAUUUCUCGUUAAAUUAAAAAAAUCGCCCACAGAAUGUCUAAAGAUGUUGUCUGAGGUGUACGGGAAGGACACGAUGUCACGUACUCGAGUUUUUGAAUGGCAUAAAAAAUUUAAAGAUGGGCGAGAAGGAGUGAAAGACGACGAGCAUCCUGGUCGCCCUUGCACAUCAAAAAGUGAUGAGAACGUCGACAAAAUUGACAAAAUUGUCCGAAAUGAUCGACGUCUCAGUAUUCGUAUGGUUGCAGAUAUGAUAAAUAUAGACAAAGAAACAGUUCGACAAAUUUUACACAACAAUUUAAACUUGAACAAAGUCUGUGCCAAAAUGGUACCAAAAAUGCUUUUUCUGUUAAGCAGUUUUUAGCCAAUAAACGCAUUCCAGUACUCGAGCAUCCUCCAUAUUCGCCAGAUUUAGCACCCAGCGACUUUUAUCUAUUUCCAAAAAUAAAAACUGCGUUGAAGAGGACUCAUUUUCGAUUCGUGGAAGAGGUGAAGACUAAAGCGGCAGACCUACUUAAGGGCUUGACAUCUAAAGAGUUGCAACACUGCUUCGAACAAUGGAGAACACGUAUGGAAUGGUGUAUAGUAAUGGGUGGGGAGUAUAUAGAAGGGGAUCACAUUUAA